AUGUCUAAAUCUAUUGAGCCAUCCACCUUCAAAAACGGCUUUAAGCAGCCAUCUGAAGGCGAACCAUGGGUGUAUCCAAAGGCGGGAGCAACAGAGCUACCACCCAAACCGCAUUACGUCACACCACCCUCUGUUGACAUUGACACUGCGCCAGUCAAUAACUCUCUCGGAGGGAGCAAGCUGCGAUCCUGGCCGACUAUCUUCAAUGGCACGAAUAGUCCUGAGGGCAUCCCAGAUUGGUGGAAUCCGUCUACUGAGGUAGAUGUUUUGAUCGUCGGUGCCGGACCAACGGGUCUAGAAAUUGCUCUUAGCCUGGUUCGUCAAAAUGUUAGCUUUCGCAUUAUUGACAAGGGAGAGAUGCCUCUCCCGACGGGUCGUGCGGAUGCUGUCUUGCCACGAUAUGUGGAGAUAUUGAACAAUUGGGGCAUCUCGACGGACGUCAGUGAGGAGGGUCCAAUCAUAGCGCGGACAGCUGUCUAUCGAGACGGCAAGGUGCUCUUCCACGGACGAACGCAUCAAUCUGACUCGCGGUACCGGGGCUUGCACGUUAUCACACAGGGCCAGCUGGAGCGCAUCUUCGUGCGAGACCUCCUUCGUCAUCAGGUCCUGGUUGAACGCUGCACCACGAUGAAGGAAUAUGAGAUCUCCGAAUCAGACGACCCGGAACACCCUAUCAAGGCUGUCAUUCGGAAUGACAAGAUGGGACGUGAAGAGACCAUUCGCGCCAAAUUUCUGGUCGGUAGCGACGGCGCGUCCAGCAUGAUCCGAAAAAAGCUCGAAAUCCCCUUCCACGGCGUGAGCACCGAUCUCUACUGGGCCAUUAUGGAUGGGAAGUACGAGUCCGAUUACCCACAUGCCUGGAUCUUUGGCUGCGUUCUCAGCACCGAGCAUGGGUGCUGUAUCAUCAUUCCGCGAGAAGAUGGACACAUCCGACUGUAUACGCAGCUCAACUUGUCUCUUAUCGAACGCGCCCGUCAAGAAAGGCAGGAGCGAGACCCGACCUUCAAGGAAGCCGGCGGAAAAGUCGACGUCAACUCCAUCACACCAGAAGAGGUGCUGGAGCAAUCAAACCGAAUCUUUGCCCCUUACACGGUGAAGUUCGCGUCCCCAUUGACCUGGUACGCCAUUUGGAAGGUCAGCGAAAGAGUUGCUGAAUCCUUCUCUUCGGAAGACCUGAGAGUACACCUGGCCGGUGACGCUGCACAUGUCCAUAGUGUCUUUGGUGCUUUUGGCCUCAAUGCGUCAAUCUUGGACGCUUCCAACUUAGGCUGGAAACUCGGAUACUGCUCUCGUGGCCUGUCGCCCAUAGAGACUUUACUCCCAACGUAUGACAUGGAGCGCAGGCUUCAUGCCGCGAACGUGGUAGAACUCUCGGGCAAGUAUCUUCGCUACUGCUGCAAUUCUGACAUACCGGUACCGCACACUCACGAGUUGGGUAAAGAUCUUGGUGCCAAGGCGAUCCAACACGCCGUUCGAGGCGAGCCAUACGGCUUUGCCAAGCCCGGAGAAAAACUCCCAGAACAUCUCUACCUAGCCGACUACUAUCACAAGUACGGUGCAUUUAUGCUUGGUCUAGAUGUCGCAUACGGCAAGUCGAUUGUGUUCCCCGUGCAAGAUGGAGCUCCCGUGCCAGUGGAUGUCGACAAUGGCGUUCGUGCACCUAAUCCACGGGUAAGUCUCAGCUCUGGGACUACUGGGUACCUCUACGAUGUGAUGAAAGGUGCGGGCUCUUUCCAUCUUGUCGUCUUUGCGUCUUCUAUCGAGGGGUCGGUGAAACACAACCUUCAGCAAUUUGCUAAAUCAUUGCGUGAUCCGUCGGGAUUCUACGCUCGCUAUGGAGGCCGGCAGCUGUUCAACAUUGUCAUAGUGACUAAACGACUACCCUUUGAGAUCGAUGCCAUCCUGGCAGAGCCGGAGCUUCAGAGGUUGAGAGAGGUGGCAUCCGUUGUGUUUGACGAUCAAGCUCCGGAUGAGGACGCCCAUACGAUGUGGGGUGUUGAUCAUGGCACUGGUGCAGUGAUCGCUAUCCGUCCCGAUCUAUGGGUCGGACUGAGGGUACGACCUGAUCAGGUCGAUGAGCUGGAUCAAUAUUUCUCUGGAUUCUUGAUCCCGCAAGUAAAGCAACAGGUCAAUGGACAUGCCCAGGCAUAGUAG